AGCCAAUAUACAUGGAGUGAGUGGUUGGUGAGAGUAACUCAUCUACGCUUGAAGCUUCCUCGUUUUUUCCAAAUCCAAAUUUCAAAAUUUUUAAUUACUCCCAUCAAAAAAUUCCCAAAAUCGAAUUCUUUAGGUCUUAUUUCCUCGAUUAAUUUGAACUACUAAUUCAAAUUCGGCGAAUUUUUAGGUUCGUAUUAUUCUGUUAAUGGAAACUAAAGUUCAAUUGAAGUUGAAUUUGAAUUUGAAUUUGAAGCUGUAAAUCUGCAACAAUCAAAAUUGUCGUCAACUCAAUUCUUCAUCUUCUCCAAUUUCUCUCUCUUCGAUCGGUUCUUAAUAUUGGUUGCAGUAGUUUGAAUUCAAGGAAUUAGGGUUUUGCUUCAUCUGUAAUUUCCCCCCAAAUGCAUAGGUUUGGUAAAAUCGACGAAAAGACGCGGAGAUAACCCUAAUUUCUACCUCAAUGUUGAGCUCUUCUUCUUAUUGUGUCUCUCAUCGUCCACUAACUUUACCUUCUCUCUCUAGAAUUAGGGUUCCGAAUCGUCCAGCUAGCUUAUCUACGUUUAAUCGCAACUUUCGCGUAGUUGAUUCUCAUUUUAGCUUGUCAAAAUCUAGAUGGAAAAUAUCUUGUUUUAGGCAAGAGGAGUUUUCAUCAGAGGAUUUGAAACCUGAGGUGGUUGAAGAUGUUUUAGCUGAAGAAUUGGUGAAGCCGAAACUCGAAACUGAGAAAGUCCUAAAAAAGGAUUGGAGGUCCGUUCUUAAAGAGGCUGCUGUUGCCGUGUUUAGAGCAUUUGGGGAUCGCUGGACUGUACCAUGGCCAGGGGAGACCAUAUUGCAAGUUAUGCUAUUAUGGAUGACUUCAUUUUGGUUGGUCGGUACCUGGAUGAUGCCAUUGGCAGCAAAUAUUACUGGUUUCAGCAAAGACUCUUUAUCAUAUAGAGGACAAGCGUUCUACAGCCUAGUGACUGAUCUUGCUGAAGGCUUAGCAGGCAUCGCUAUCCUUCGUCAAUGCUUAUCUCGUUUUCGUCCACUUCCUCUGGAAUGGUUUAAAUUUAGCCUGAAAGGAAACUGGCAUCUUGAUGUUGCCUUCGGAUGCCUCAUGUUUCCCCUCGUCAACCGUCUCUCCCAAUUCAAUCUUGAUAUAUUUCCAUCAUUGCCAUCGAUACCUGUAAAUACCUCGAGCGUCGAGCAAUCUAUAAUGGCACGGGAUCCUGUGGCAAUGGGCUUGUACAUUGUGGUUGUGUCUGUGUGUGCCCCGAUAUGGGAGGAGGUAAUCUUCCGGGGUUUCCUUCUUCCCUCCUUGACAAAGUACAUGCCGGUAUGGUGCUCUAUUUUGGUAAGUGCAAUUGUCUUUGCUCUAGCACAUUUCAAUGUACAGAGGAUACUUCCACUUAUUUUUCUCGGGGUUGUCAUGGGUGCUCUUUUCGCUCGGACGAGGAACCUUAUGCCUUCCAUGUUGUUGCAUAGUCUGUGGAAUGCAUUUGUAUUCUUAGAUUUAAUGAAGUAACACCUUUUACAAAGUUCACCCCGAAAUAUAUAAACCAAUAAUUCAUUGGUACUUGCUUCAAUUGAAGCAUUAUUAUCGAAGACGAACAACUUGCUCAACCUUUUGGAGUUCCAUCUUUCAAGCAAGUCAUCUCAUAGCUUAACGUAUCGGAUGCUAAUUAACCUGUAGGAGCUUCAAGCAUUAAUGAAAUUUAUUUCAAUUUGUAAAGUUGAACUUUCCCAUGAUUCAUGGAUUUUCGAGAGGAUUUUGACUAGAAGAUGAGUAGAUUGAAGGCGCGAGUUACCCCAGGGGCAUAAUGUCUCCAUGACCAUUGGUGUAACAGGUUGCAAAGCCUUCAAUAAAUUGCAGAUAUAUGAGACCUUGAAUAAGAUUACUUCUAUUCUAUUUCAUUUUGUA